GGGUCUCAGUGCAGGGGAUCUUGGGGCAGGGGGUCUCUGGACGAGGACACUGGGGGGUCUCGGGCCGAGGACACUGGGGGGUCUCAGUGCAGGGGAUCUUGGGGCAGGGGGUCUCUGGACGAGGACAUUGGGGGAUCUCGGGACGAGGACACUGGGGGCUCUCGGGAUGGGGUCAGUGGGCAGUCUCAGGACGGGGGCUCUGGGGGGUCUGGUAGCGGGAAGGGGCAGCCUGUCAGCACUCACCCCAGGGAGGGAAGCCUGGUCCCUGAGCCAGGCCUGGCAGGAGCCAGCGAGGAGGAGGUGGUACCACCCCUGGGGGAGCGCCCCCCACGGCCAUGCCCGGCCCUGCCCGGGGGCGAGACCAGUGAGCACCGACCUGUCCCGGGACGUGCUCCUCUUCCACCACCACAGGCCCCGCUUCUUCUGCCUCCUCGGCCUCUUCUGCGGGUCUCAGUUCCUCUUCUGGGUGUACCUGGCGCAUCUGGCCUUCACCUCCCUCCGGGACACAGGCUACAAAGAGACGGUGCUGGUGGGCGAUCGGGCAAAGGGGCUGCCACAGAUCGGCGGGAUCGCCCUGAACCUGGGCUCGGACAAGUGGAGAUACGGCUUCACAACCUCCUGCCUGACGGUCGGGUCCUUGAUCCUCACGGCAGGCCUGGCAUUUGCCCGUCGCUCUGUGUGCAGUGUCUUGCUGCACCGAGGAGGCCAGGAAGUCACCAUCUCCAGCCACCGGCUCCUGGGGGGCAGCCGGUCCUUCAAGGUGCCCCUCCGUGACCUCUCCUGCAUGGCCCACCGCGCCCAAGUGGCCUCGGCCAUCCCCCUGAAGGUCAGGGGUCACCGCCUGUACUACCUGCUGGACGGGCGCGGGCGGUUCCACAACCCCAGCCUCUUUGACGUCACGGUGGGCGCCUACAGGAAGCUGUAGGUGGUCAAACAAAGGAAGCCACGGCCCCUGGAGGAACAACCCAGAGGAAGAACGUCAUCCCCUCCAGAGAGUCUGUAUCUCCGAUAUUCCCCCAACUUGGAGGACGGACGGACACUGGUGCCCGGACAGAAGGUGGACCUCAGAGAGACGUUGGCAAGCCCUGCACCCGGUUUUGUGUGACUGGAACAGGUCCUUGUUUUCAGGAGGGAUCGGUCUAACUGGGUGCCAGCUCCUGCCAAGUCUCUUGUUUGUCAUUAUUUUGGAUCCUGGCAUCAUUGGCAAGGGUCAGAAGUUAUUGCCCCCCCCCUCCCCCAGUUGCCCCUUGAGAAGGUGGGGGUGAGCUGCCUUCAUGAACUGCUGCAGACCUUCUGGUGAAGGAGCUCCCUCAGUGCGGGUUGGGAGGGAGUUCUAGACCCAGUGGUGAUACCUUCCCUCUCUCCCCCCCUCUCUCCCCCCCUCUCUCCCCCCCUCUCUCCCCCCCUCUCUCCCCCCGUCAGCCCUUCAGAUUACUGCACCUGCUGCCCCCUGCCCUCCUUGAGGGAGGGGUGGUGGGUUUGGGAGGUGCUGCCGGAGGUAGCCCUCGUUGGGAUGCGGGAGGAAACCGGAGCACCUGAGAGGAGGGGAACCCACAGGGAGAUCAUGCAGACUCCGCACAGAGAGAGAGAGAAAGUGCGCUGGAGGCGGGGAUCGAACCCGUGUCUCCGGCGCUGUGCCACUGUGCCGGCCUGAGGUGGGAGAGGGCAGCCUAGAGCCAACACAGCGGACAACACGGGCACUCCCCACAAGGGCCUGGCUCUCGAAAGCCCAUUGGCCCGUCUGGGCCUAGCCCUUCUCUGAUUGGCUCACAGUUCUGCUGACCCCUCCCUCUGCCCAAGUUGGGAGCGGGCCCACCCAUUCUGCCCGAUACUUAUUGAGCUGUGACAAGUGGUGUAGGGUUGGAGCAGGGAAGCAACUGUGGAGGCAGCAGAGGAGAGAAGUCCAGUCCGACAGCGCAGUAGAGGACGUGCAUGUUGACUGCCCAGCCCUGAGGAGAAAGAGAGGAAAGCGGAACAAAAAUACACAGAGUGUGUGUGUGAGAGAGAGAGAGAGAGAGAGAGAGAGAAAUCAAUUCAUUGUACCGAGGGAAGCAGAACUCAGGACAAAUGACACAAGUCGAAACACAUGUAACAUACAACCACACACAUAUGUGGUGGAAGAA